UAUUUUAUGAACAAAACAAUUCUUAGCUGGAACUGUGCUUUCCAGAAGUCCAAUUUGCCAAGUGACAGUGGACCUUCAGGCCCCUUGUAACCCAGUGAAAUCUAGCAAUAAACUCGAGGAAAACAUUCCACAAGAGCACUAAUGGCGGAUGAAUCAUGGAGGAUUCCUAUGUUAGUGCAAGAACUGGCUGCCAAGGUGCAGCAGCCACCAAGCAGGUACGUGCAGCCAGAGGAGUACCAUCCCGUCAGCCUAGUGGUUGAUGCUGAGAAGCCGGAGCCUAUCCCUGUAAUCGACCUCAGCCGGCUGUUGGCUGCUGAUGGUGCUGAUCAUGAGGGAAGCAAGCUCCGGUUGGCCUUGCAGAGCUGGGGGCUCUUCCUGGUUGAUAACCAUGAAAUAGAAACUUCUUUGAUGGAUGAUUUGAUCAGCGCAUCAAGAGAGUUUUUCCAUUUGCCACUCGAAGAGAAACAGAGGUGCAGUAACUUGAUAGACGGCAAGCAUUUCCAGGUGGAAGGAUAUGGAAAUGACCCAGUGGCAUCCAAGGAUCAAACCCUGGACUGGUUGGACCGACUUCAUCUCAGGGUAGAGCCAGAAGAUGAGAGGAAUCUUGUCCAUUGGCCUGAACAUCCCAAUUCUUUCAGGGCUCUUUUACAUGAGUACACAUUGAACUGCAAGAGAAUCAAAGAUCGUAUCCUUCGGGCAAUGGCCAAGGCUCUAGGACUAAACGAAGAUUACAUUGUUUCCCAGUUUAGCAACAAGGCUCCCAGUUUUGCCAGAUUCAACUACUACCCGCCCUGUCCAAGACCAGAUCUUGUCUUUGGCGUCAAGCCCCACUCUGACAGCGGUGUUCUUACCAUUCUUCUCAUGGACAAAGAUGUUGGUGGGCUGCAAGUUCUUAGAAACGGCAUAUGGCACAAUGUUCCAGCUAGUCCUCACAGGUUGUUGAUUAACGUAGGAGACUUCGCAGAGAUAAUGAGUAAUGGGAUCUUCAAGAGCCCAGUCCACCGGGCUGUCACAAAUGCGGGGAAAGAGAGGAUCUCAUUGGCUAUGUUCCAUGGGCUGGAUCCUGAGAAAGAGAUUGAGCCAGCGACAGCUCUGUUACAUGAGAAGCAACCGGCACGGUACAGGAAAAUUAAAGCCAAGGAGUACCUGGCCGGGUUCUAUGAACACUUCUGUAGAGGAACAAGAUUUAUCGAUUCCGUGAAGAUCUAAGGGAGGUAGCUUAGUUUCUAACGGAGUAUAAAUGGUGAAUGAAGAAUGUUUUCUUUGCCGUGUGAUGUACAUGAUAUGGAUCACCAAAUGAAUGUGCUGAAGGUGAUUUAAAGAACCCACCGCUGGGAUUUUUAUAUAAAGCAAUAUGUUAUGAUUUACAUUGGUUCGCGUUGAUAAAAUGCAUGAAGCAAGGUACAGAAUGUUUCUGGGGAGGCGAUAAGGUCUGAUGCCUGAUAAUUGAGGUUUGUUGGGCACUUGGUUACUGGAUUACUGAGUUUGCACUUGGAUCAAAUGAACAUGAUUUGGGACCAUUCAGAAAGAUUGAACUGUUGAGUCUUGGAGUGCAAGUAAAACAGUUCAAGACACUGACAUGCACAUCUCGUCGUCGCCCCCUCGCCCAUCGUGUCGACGAAUUGGCGCUCGGGCAAGCCCUCCUGAUGCUUCUCUUCAAGCGGGAGAUGGUAGAAUUGCGUCGUCACCUUCGUCAUUUUGAUCGGCAAGCAAACCUGGCUCGAUCCCUUUAACUUUUUGUUUAAAGUGAAACUUGUUUAACUCUGAUCGAUUUUCCGUAUUAGUAAUCCAAUGCAAAAUAGUUCCACUUAUGUA